AUGAUUCACAACAAUGACGACCCAUCUGACACAUUUUAUUCUAUUUCGUCUUCUAAUGAAACAUGUAGCGAUGACAGUUUUCUCAGUCUACCCUCACUCAGUGAUGACUUAGAUGCACAUUUUUGUGACACUUCAAAACAUUUUAACCUGAUUCACAUUUAUGCCCAGAGUAUACCCGCAAAUUUUCCUGACAUGUUGGCCUCCUUUCAAAAUAAAAACUCGCAUGCUAUUUUAGUCUCAGAGUCCUGGCUGAAACCAUGCCUCCCUUCAACAUCAUUCUGCUUACCAGGUUUUCACUUGAUUCGGAAUGACCGUUUGAGUCGACCUGGCGGAGGUGUUGCUAUUUAUUUACGAUCUCAUAUUCCUUUUACUGUUAUUGAUUUUUCGCAACAACAUAAUAGUCCUGGAGCAGAAUACCUUUUUAUCGAAGUCCUAUUCUCCAAUACUAAGCUUCUUCUCGGUGUUUUUUAUAAUCCUAGCCUCACCAUUGACUAUUUUAUGUCUUUUGAAGAUCUUCUUGAAAAGUUUUCUCCUUUGUUCUCACACACAAUUAUUAUGGGUGACUUUAAUACUUGCCUUCUUAAAAAUGACUCUCGAACUUUACGCUUCACAUCUAUUGUACAGGCAGCUAAUUUACAUAUAUUGCCACUAUCUGCGACUCACGCAUUUCCUAACUGCUUGCCGUCUCUUCUCGACUUAAUUCUUGUCUCUUCUAUUUCUCAUGUCGAAAAAUUUGGUCAAUGUGUUGCUACUGCCUUUUCGUACCAUGACCUUCUUUUUUUAUCUUAUAAAUUAAGACCUCCUAAAGCCAAACGUAAAAUUCUUAUGAGGCGCAAUUUCAGUGGAAUUCACUUUGAAAGUUUAGCCGUGGAUGUUUCAAAUAUUGACUGGUCCGGAGUGCUUGAUGCUUCGUCAAUUGAUGAGAAGCUAAACCGUUUUAACUCCCUAAUAACUCAACUUUAUGACAAGCAUGUCCCUAUUCGUCCAGUGCGAUUAAAACAUCUACCGGCUCCAUGGUUGACUGACGAAGUUAAGCGCCUACAGAAGAAAAGGAAUAUAGCUAAAGCUAAAUAUAGACUCGAUCCCAAUGAAACAAAUCGUGAGAAGUACAGGAAAGCUCGGAAUCGCUAUAACAGGGUGUGUAGGGAUGAACAUCGACGCCAUAUCUAUAAGUCUGUUAUUGAGGAAAAUGACCCUGCCCGAGUUUGGAAUUUCCUCAAAUCACUGGGAGUUGGGAAGCAGCAACGUGACAUUAAUUCCCAAAACUUUAAUUUAAAUUUACUUAAUCAGCAUUUCUCAUCUUCUGUUACAUUUGAUAACAUAUCAAAAUUAAAUACAAUUUCUCAAAUUUCAGCUUCUACAACUCGUGAUACUCCCUUUUUUCAAUUUAGUCAAUUCACGAAUAGUGAUGUUAAGAAGAAUAUUUUAGCGGUACCAUCUAACAGUGUUGGCUCUGAUUGCAUUAGUCGUCAAAUGUCAGGAUUCCGCUCAGGCCACAGUACGACUACUGCAUUAGUUAAAAUCACUGAUGAUAUUCGCAUGGCAAAAGAUAACCGAAAGCUCACUGUUUUGACAUUACUUGAUUUUAGUAAUGCCUUCAAUAGUGUGGACUUCGACAUUUUGCUUACCAUACUGAAUUCUCUUAACAUAUCUCCUAUAGCGAUUGACUGGUUUCACUCUUACUUGCAUGGGCGCCGGCAACGUAUGCGACUUAACAACACUUUUUCUGACUGGGCUAAGAUCAAUGCCAGUGGUAGCAAGGUGGCGUGA